AUGGAGGCUGUGGUCAGCGCUUCACAUGGCGUGUUUGGUCCCCUGCUAGGCAAGCUCAACGCUUUGCUCGCCGGCGAGUAUGCCCGCCUGAAAGGGGUCCGACGUGAGAUGCGCUCUCUCAAGUCUGAGCUGAGCAACAUGCAUGCUGCGCUCCAGAAGUAUACGAUGCUACAGGAUCCCGAUGUCCAAGUGAAGGCAUGGAUAUCAGAGGUCAGGGAACUGGCCUACGAUACUGAAGAUUGCAUCGACAAGUUCAUUCACCGACUCGGUAAUACCACAGGGAGCCACCGUCAUGGCGGCAUCAAGGAGUUCUUUCGCAAGAGUGCUCGCCGGCUCAAGACACUUGGAUCUCGGCGUAAAAUCGCCAAGCAAAUUGACGAACUCAAGGCUCGUCUUAGGGCAGUAAAAGAACAUAGGAGUAGCUACAAGCUUGAUGAUAUUGCUUGUAGCAGCACCUUUCGCCACACAGCUGUAGAUCCCCGAGUGUCUGCUCUUUUUUCAGAGGAAGCACACCUUAUGGGCAUUGAAGGACCAAGAGAUGAUCUCACCAAAUGGAUAGUUCACAUGGAGGAUAACCGAACCAAGGACCGUAGGGUGUUGUCUAUUUUUGGAUUUGGUGGAUUGGGAAAGACAACACUAGCUACCGAGGUCUAUCGCAAGAUUCGAGAGCAGUUUCACUGCCAUGCUUUUAUAUCAGUGUCACAGAAACCGGAUAUAAAGAAAAUUGUCAAGGAUGUAAUCUCCCAAGUGUCGUGCCAUGAUGGAUUUACAAAAGCUAUUCACUCUUGGGAUGAAAGGAGAUCCAUUGAAAAGCUACGAGAGCUGCUACAAGAUAAAAGGUAUCUCAUUGUUGUUGAUGAUAUAUGGUCUACAUCUGCAUGGAAUGCUAUCAAGUGUGCUUUUCCAGAGAAUACUUGUUCUAGCAGAAUAAUAUCUACUACGCGCAUUUUCGAUGUAGCAAGCUCAUGUUGUCCGGGUGGUGAUGAUCGUAUCUAUUAUAUGGAGGCCCUGAGUGAACUUGACUCUAAAAGAUUGUUCCUCAAAAGAAUUUUUGGCUCUGAGGAUUGCUGUCCUGACGUGGUGAAAGAAGUUUCGGAUGAAGUUCUGAAAAAAUGUGGAGGCCUACCGUUGGCAAUUAUUAGCAUAUCUGGUUUGUUGGCAAAUAUACCAACUCUACGAAAUGAAUGGUUGAAGGUUAAGAGGUCGAUUGGUUUUGUACUUGAGAAAAACCAAAGUCUAGAGGGAAUGAAGAGCAUACUAUCCCUUAGCUACAAUUCUCUUACACCUAAUCUCAAGACAUGUUUGUUGUAUUUUAGUAAUUUUCCAGAGGAUUAUGAGAUCGAGAGAGAUACAUUGUUGAGGCGGUGGAUAGCAGAAGGCUUUAUAUCUGAAGAGCGUGGACAGAGUUGUCAAGAGGUCGCAGAGAAUAACUUUUAUGAGCUCAUCAACAAAAGCCUGGUCCAACCAGUAGAUAUUGGCUAUGAUGGUAAGGCUCGUGCAUGUCGAGUCCAUGACAUGAUGCUUGAAUUUGCUAUUUCAAAGGCGGCUGAAGAUAAUUUCAUCACUGUACUAAGCGGGCAAAUGGCUGUGCCAAAUUCCCAUUGUUAUAUUCGACGAUUGUCGAUUCAGUACAUCAACCAAGAGCUUGCAUCUUUAUUGGCAUAUAAAGAUCUGUGCCACAUUCGAUCUUUAACCGCCACAGGUUGCAUCAAGAACUUACCUAAUCUUGCUGAGUUUGAAACUUUGCGUGUGUUGGAUUUUGAAGGUUCCGAGGAUUUGAAGGAGUAUGAUAUGAGCAGUAGGGACAAACUCUUCCAGUUAAGGUACCUAAGCCUUAGGAGCACAUGCAUAUCAAAGGUACCAUUGGGAAUUGUGAUGCUACGUGAUCUAGAGACGCUAGAUCUUAGGGAUACAUUUAUCGAAGAGUUGCCACCAAGUAUAGUUCAGCUCGAUAAACUACAACAUCUACUCACUGCGAGAUGCAUUUUUUACGGGGAAACAAAGAUACCAAGUGGUAUUGGAAAGAUGAGGAGCCUACGUGUGAUCUCAGGCUUUAAUAUUACCAAGAGUUCAGUUGGUGCAGUGGAGGAGCUUGAGAGCUUGACCAGUUUGAUUGAACUCCAUGUAGUGUUCAACGGUGGAGGAUCUGACAAGUACAAGAAACAUGAAGAAAUGUUGAUUUCCUCAUUAUGCAAGCUUGGCAAAUACAAACUACAAUCUUUCCGGAUACAUAGCAAAGAUUCAACUCCCCUUGAGUUCUUAGAUUCUUGGUCCCCUCUUCCAUCUUCGCUGCAAAUAUUCAUUAUGAGCACCAGCUAUUAUUUGCCAAAAGCUCCAAAGUGGAUUGCACCAGCACUGACCAGCCUUGCAUAUCUAAACAUCAAUUUAAGUGAAGUAACAGAGGAGGAUAUCCUUAUACUUGGGGAGAUGCCUGCCUUGAUUUCACUGGAGUUAUGGUUCAAGGCUGUCCGAAAAGAAAGGCUUGCUGUCCAAGGCAUUGGAUUUCGCUGCUUGAAGGAAUUCUAUUUUAUUCAUAGUUAUUAUGUUGCAGGUGCAAGAUAUCUUCUGUUUGAGAAAGGGGCUUUGCCAAAGGUUGAGAAGCUUCAGGUGCCAUUCUAUGUAUCUGUAGCAAAAGCCUAUGGAUUAUACUUAGGUAUUGAGCACCUCCCAUGUCUAAAGGAUGCAGAAAUUAGUCUUUACAAUGAGGGCGUCACAUCUUCUGAAAGCAAGGCUGCAGCAGUUUCCAUAAGGAAUGAAGCAAAUGUCCAUCCCAACCGCCCUAGAGUAACCAUCUUUGGAGCAGAGGAAAUUUCGUUUCAUUUUUCCUGA